UUGUUUAUUGAGUUUUGCACAACUUCAUCCGCAAGCGUAUAAGAAAGGUAGGGUGACGCAGUGCGAUAUACGGUAAUCGGUAGAUGCGGUCUAUUUCGCGAGCUGUGAUUGGUCAGAUCGUACACACCCUCAAUGUCACGCGCAAGGUUACAGAGAAAGGCAAAAUUCUGGCAAUUGUCCCAAUGUUUACAGCAAAGAAAUUUUUUGUUUCACACUAGAAAAUACUCUUUGUUUAGUCGCGAAUGCUUGUGCGCAAUUAUACUAAGGGCUUUGUGUGCAAGAUGUAGUUGCUUUCGAAAUAUUGCGGCCUCCUGACCUUAUUCAGUGUCCUUGUGACUGACAAAAUUCGGCUGCUCCGUGUCAGUUGCUAGCAGUACAUAAAUGAGUGUUGUACAUAGCCUUGAAAACCGCAUGUGUGGUAAGACAAAAUCAUGGCAUCAUUUGUCGGGAGAAGUGCAACUCAGUCUUUAAGCAGAACAGUGUUUCGACAAGAACUAUCAAUGGCAGCACCUCAGACUUAUGAAGCUGUAAAUGAGCCAAUACUGGAUUUUAAAUUGGGGAGUCCAGAAAGCAAGAAGCUAGAAGAAGCACUGAAACGUCUUGAAAACAAAAUUGUUGAUGUUCCAAUCAUUGUAGGUGAUGAAGAAAUUCGUACCAAACAUGUGCAACAUCAAGUUCGACCAUUUGACCACCGAAAGCCAGUAGCAACCUUCUACUAUGCCACUCCAGAGGUGAUACACAAAGCCAUAGACACAAGUCUCAAAGUUCGGAAAGAAUGGGAGAGGCGCCCACAGGAGGAGCGUAGCAAGAUCUUUCUCAGAGCAGCAGAUCUCCUUUCACAGAAAUAUCACAUGGACAUACUGGCUGCCACAAUGUUAGGACAGGGCAAAAACAUUGUCCAAGCUGAGAUUGAUGCCUCUGCAGAGCUUAUAGAUUUUCUUCGCUUUGAUGUCAUGUUUGCACAGAAAAUUACAGAGUAUCAGCCCAUAAGUCCAGACAAGAGGACAUUGAACACCAUGACCUAUAGAGGGAUGGAGGGCUUUUGGGCAGCUGUGUGUCCUUUCAAUUUUACAGCCAUUGGGGCUCAUCUCCCAAUGGCACCAGCUCUUGUAGGCAAUGUCUGUCUCUGGAAGCCAUCUGACACAGCUGUUCUGUCAAACUACAUUGCCUUCCAAGCAUUCCGUGAAGCAGGCCUUCCUCCUGGUGUCAUCAACUUCCUGCCAUCAGAUGGACCAGUAUUUGGGAACACUGUCACUUCUUCCCCCGAUUUAGCUGGCAUCAAUUUCACAGGCAGUGCAAAAACAUUCAAACAUUUGUGGAAACAGGUUGCUGAGAACAUAGACAUCUACAAAACAUUUCCUCGACUGAUUGGAGAGUGUGGAGGAAAAAACUUGCAUUUUAUUCACAACUCUGCUGAUGUAGAAUCGGUUGUCAUGGGAACCAUACGUGCUGCAUUUGAGUACAAUGGACAAAAGUGUUCUGCCUGUUCUCGCAUGUAUGUCCCACAGUCAUUGUGGCCUAAGAUCAAAAGUCAGCUGCUGCAGAUACUGAAAGAAGUCAAAAUAGGAUCACCUCUUGAGAGAAGUUCCUUUGUAACAGCUGUCAUCGAUGACAAGGUUUUUGCUCGUAUUAAGCAAUACCUAGACUUUGUUAAGUCGGACCCAUCCCACACAAUUUUGGCUGGAGGUGGCUGCAAUGAUGAAAAAGGCUAUUUUGUGGAGCCAACGUUAAUCGAAACAAAAGAUCCAGAGAGCAGAAUGAUGACAGAGGAAAUCUUUGGACCAGUUUUGACUGUCUACCCAUAUCCAGAUGAACAGUUUGAGCAGACUGUAAGCUUAGCUGCGCAUACAUCACCAUAUGGCCUCACAGGUGCAAUCUAUACCAAAGACAAAGAGGUGAAGGCAUACUUGAGAGAUGCUUUCCGGGAUGCUGCAGGAAACUUUUACAUUAAUGACAAAUGCACUGGCUCUGUUGUUGGCCAGCAGCCCUUUGGUGGAGCUCGACUCUCAGGAACAAAUGACAAAGCUGGAGGGCCACAUUACCUGCUUAAAUUCAUCUCGAUGCAGUCUUCAAAAGAAAGUUUUGAGUUUCUCAAGGAUUGGAAGUAUCUUCAAUGCAAGACUAGUCUUUGUCUUUUUGCUUUUUCACAAGACACCAUGGUGGUUAAGUGGGGGAGUCUUCUAAUGACAUGUUUACUUCAUGUCUACCCUGGUAUUUACAUACACUGAUUUUCUGUAUAUCAGAAUGUUUAAUUUUAAGUAAUUGGAACUUUGUGAUUGAAAAAGCCUUACUAACAAACUCGACAUUUCUAUUCCAGAAAUAGCUGUGACUGUUGCAUAUUCUGAACAUGUCAGGUUUUCAUUUUAUCACUUUCAGGUGACUUUGGAAGGCUGCUAAAAAAGUUAAAGUGAUAAAGUGAAGUUAAAUGUAUUAUAAAUUUUCUAAAAAUAUACUAAUAAAGAAAUUAAGUAUUUAUUUAGAAAAGUAUCAAAGUGCCUUGUUGUCUGUGAUUUUGAUCAGUUUUGAAGAUCAGGAGCAGAACAUCAUACCUGAGUAUGAGUGCUAGGAAGGCUUUUAUUUUUGGCCUUUAAUUUUGUUGUUGUUGGACAUAUUGUUGCAUGUGCUUUGCUGUUUCCUUGUUACAUCCCAGGUUUUGUAUAUCCUUUCAGAAGUUGUGUUACUGGUUCAUUAGGUGCCUAUUUCCAUUUUGAUACAGGAUUAAAUGCUGCUAUUAACACCAUACACCCUUGAACUCACAUAACAAAUUUUGCUUACUACUUGAUUGUCAACUGAUGAGAAAAACAGUGAGAAAAUGUUAAUACCCGUAAGCACGACUCUGAUAAGUAUUUGGCUUGUUAAGUCUAUGCAAACAUUUAGAUAUCAAUUUAAGCCAUAAGAACAACUUUUGCUAGCAAGAAAUAUAAAAUGUAAAAUAUAUGCUUUAUUUUAACAUCAUUUUCAACCAGUAUCUGAAAGUGAUACAGAGAAAAAUGUGAGAAUUAUUGAAAAUUGUAGAUUGCCUAUAUCAGAAGGCGGUGCUAAACACUAUUUGUUGGUGUUAUUUUUGGUACCAAUAUUACCAAAGUUUAAUUAAAUGCUCAUAUUCAGUGUUUGAGAUUUAUGAACAAAUUGUUGUGAUAUUUCUCAUGUGUUUAUAAGAUUUCAGGAAAAUAUAGUCUUUCAUUCAAUUCAAAUUUUUAUUUUAUAAAGAGUAAUACUUGCACCACAGAGAUUAAGCACAGUAAUUUCUAUCUGCCCCUCUACUGCUAAUACUUGACCUGAAAACCAUGUGUAGUCUUUUAUAUGACUGUUUCUCAUUUUCAUACGAAAACAACAAAAGCCAGAAGUUUUCUCAAAAAUGCUAAAGGAAAGAUGAUUUAUAUAUUGAUUCUUCCUCUAGAGAAAUUCUUUUUUGUUCCUUUUAUAAAUUGAGCCACAUAUCUUAAGAAGAUGAAUGGCUACCUCAGUGUUUAAUUGACUGCCUCUGUUGCCCAAGCACCAUAUAAAUUAUUUACUGCACUUUGCAAAAUGCAAAAAUGAGUUUGUUGAGUGACACUAGUAAAAUACCGUUGUCAUAGUUGGCUGCCUUAAUGAAACAUAUUUCCUAUAAAUGAAAAACUAGCUGCUUUGCUAGUCAUUGUAUACGGCUUUGAUGGAUUUAAAUCAAUUACAUUUUGGUGUUUUUGUGUAGAUUUGCAUCAGGGAUAUAGUCAGAUACUCUAUGAAAAGUUUAAGUAUUUUUGCUGACAAGGAUCAAAAUUAGUUUGCUGCUAUGCACUAAAAUUGAUUACAUACUGUGUAAUGUUUUAAGUUCAUGCUGAACCAUAUCUGAUAAAACCUCCUAGAAUAUAUAUGCUCAAGAAUUAUGUAGUAUUAGUAACAGGUUUUUUUUGAGAAAUUUUGUUAUAUUUUAAAGUUUUGUCUUUAGUAUUUUAAGAAAUGAUUUUUAACGGAGCUUUCAUUGGAUUAUUUUGAAUUGUUUUUUAGUUGUUACAAAGGCUGCACUAAUUGUUUUUACUUUUUAAAGGCAUAUUUCUGUAUAUGUACUUUUUUUAGUGGCAAAACUGAUAUUCUAUGUAGUCAGGCUAUGAAAAGUCAACUAUUUACUCACAAGAUUUUUUUAUGAUUAUGCUUCUGCUGCCUUUUCCCACAUCUGCAGUUUUGCCUUAAUAUCAUUGUUGUUUGGUUGAAAAACCAGCUUAACUAAGACCAACAUGUCUUUUUUUCAGCAUGGGUUUAUAAUAAAAUUAGAAUGGUCAGCAUGAUAUACAUAAACUGUGUUCUUAGACUGUGAUGAUAAUCAAUUUACAUUUAUUGAGUCUAGUUAUUUGACCAUGAAAUGUUAAUUAAUUACCAUAGUGGCAUAUCUCUAAAGAGAUGUGCCUAUGUUAAAUUCUUCCAGUCUUUGUGCUGAAGAGAAACAUUGAAUUAAUGUGAUGGCAGUCCUGGAAGCGUUCUUCCACCUUGUCCAUACAUAGCUCACCUCCACUUGACCAAGAACCUGAUGGUCACCAAAGUACACUUUAAGCGUUAUUAAUGCCUCUUAUACAGUAUCUUCUUGGUUUAAAGUUAUGGAUUUCGCUGAGGUCAGAAUAAGUCUUGCUUUUUCAGGAAUUGUCUAACUUGUAGAGUUCGGUAGAGGAAGUCGUUGAAAAUGGCCUGCAGCUGCAUCCUUUGUAAAAUUUGUGAUAGAGCUGUGAAAGGAGUGACAGAGAAAAAGGAAACAUCUUUCCAGUUUCCUAAUCAAAAUUUCAUCAGUGAUCAGAUAAUCUGCUUGCCAUCCGCUCUUGUUUGUCCUGAUAAUUGUGCAAUCAUUUUUUAUUUUACUUUUUUUUUUGAGAUAACAUGCUGCAUGAAAAGUAGUGAUUAAAAUAAGCCUUACCUCCACAUAUUAACAAGCAUGUAUUAAGGCAUUUUAAAAUGUUUUCAGUUGUCAUAAGUUUAAUAUCAGUCAUUUGUGUCAAUUUCUACCUUUUUUUUCAAAUAUCCUGGCAUUACUCCGAUGUGGCACUUAAUCUGUAUUUAUAGACGGAGAUCGUACAGCAGAGGCAAACAUUUUGCAAAAUAUUAAUUUUUGAGUACAAAUAAAUCCACUUAAUGAAUUUGAGGAUACCCAGAUACUAUCAUGGAAAAAGAUAAUUGUCUCUGAUGAUAAUCCAGCUGUUAAGUAACUUUCAAUUUAUCUCAUUUAAUAAGUCAUAAAAAAAAUUGCCAGAAACCCCAAUUUGGGAAGAGUUCACGAAGUCACCAUCAUUAUCCUAUCAAAUUUAGCCGCGUGACCUUAACACAAUCUUUAGCACUUUAGGAAGUACCAGGCUAACUAAAAUAUUCUUAUCACUUAGUCGAGCAUGGAGGUUUAUUCCCUAAAUGAACGUUUUUUAGUGGCCCAAUUGGCACUCCCCCUUUGAUGUCGAAUUUGCUUAGUUCUACCCUCAGUUUAAUGGGGUUGUACUGGCUACUUCUGUUCAAGCACUUUAAAUAGGUGGUGUGUGUUGUGAAUCGGAUUAUAUCAUGCAGGUUCGUUUUAAGAAGUGGAGCUAUCCACGAAGAAUGAAGGCAUUCGUGAAAAGUGCAUAAUUUCGAACGGACAAAAUAUUUUUGAAUACCUGGAAGGAAUAAUUUUUAUAAAUCGUCAUUGUCUGUAUAGUUACCAUAAAAGAACAGUGCCUGGAUAGAUCUUCCGCGACCAUUUGCACUUGAAUGAAGUCUAUAAAUCUCACACUUUCGGAAAUGUUUAGCACAUCAUGGACCGAUGCUUGAAGCUGCUUAUACCUUUAAAGGGCCGUACUUACGAAACAGGUCAUGCUGGUUAGCAAUAAGUUGUAGGUUCCAGUGACUGGAAACAGGCAUGGGUCCAUGAGGUCCCCCUCUUCUGUACGAUCCACAAUACAACAGGGAACAUUGCUGUACGUGUCCUGACCAAACCUUGAGGGUAGAAUGUAACUCAGGUUCAUACAACUUCCAGCACCUGUUGUUGGUUUGGCUGUUAGAUUUUAGAGCUGAAUGAAAGGUAUUUUUUACGAGUUCAAGGUGUGCGAAUAAUUAUCAACAAAUUGUAUCGUGUAUCGCAAUAUAUUUCUUGUGGCAUGGUAUGUUUUAAUACACUAAUAUCCCGAGACCUUGAUUAUUAUUAUUUAUACAGUUUUUCUACGUUAUGCUUGAUCUUGAAAGUUAAUAUAUUAAAAAAAUAUAUUUUAAUGCUA